AUGUGUUUUAGCAGCAAAGAUAGAUUGAAACGGGCUGUGACAAUUUGGGGUUUGCGCAAAAAUAAAGAAUUCAUAGUUGUAACAUCAAGCAAGAAACUAUGGAUUGUCAGAUGCAAGUUUCACGAAUCAUUAGGUUGUCGAUGGUUUCUUCGAGGCCGAAAGGUUGGAGAUAGCCUUUGGAAGAUAGGAAAGUAUUUUGAUAAUCAUAGACGUGAGACUGAAGGGCUAACUAUAGGUCACGCUAACCUAGAUACCGAUUUAAUUGCAUCUUUGUUUCUAAAUCAAAUACUUAAAAAUCCGAAAUUAUUGGUAGUAGAUGUCAUUUCUAAGGUUCAUGAGAUAUUUGGUCAUCAAGUAACAUAUAGGAAAGCAUGGCUUGGACGUCAACGAGCAUUUAAAUUGGUGUAUAGUGAUUUUCAAAAAUCAUUUAGUGAGCUUCCUAAGUUUUUUACAGCUUUUCAACACUUUAACCAUGGAACAAUUGUAGAAUGGAAACACGAAGAGUCAAUGAGUUCGUUAGAGGUAAAAACGUUUAAAUUUGUAUUUUGGUCUUUCAAGCCAUGCAUUGAUGGAUUCCGAACUUGUCGUCCAGUUAUUUCAGUAGAUGGAACCCAUUUGUAUGGUAAAUAUGAGAUAAAAUUAUUAAUUGUUGUUGGAAUUAAUGGAAAUGAUAACAUUCUUCCUCUAGCAUUUGCUAUUAUUGACAGGGAAUCGAAAGAGGCAUGGAAAUGUUUUUUUAGAAAACUAAGCGCACAUGUAAUAAAGGAUAGAGAAGAUAAUCUCAGUGAUCUGAUGUGGAAUGCUGCAUCGGCUCAUCAAGUAAGGAAGUUCGAAGCUUUGAUGUGGGAAAUCAGGGAAGAAAAUGAAGAAGUAUAUGAAUAUCUCAUGCAAUUUCCAUUAAACAAAUGGACGAUUAGCCAUGAUGAUGGAAAAAAAUUGGGAGUGUUGACAAGAAAUCUUUCUGAGUCUUUCAAUGGUCUUCUAAAGAAAGCUCGAGGAUUGCCUGUCAUUGCCAUGGUUACUGAAAGAAUGGGAGGGCUAGCUAGAAAUUUUGUUAGCGAGCAUUUCACAAUAGAGAAUUAUGUUGCUACAUAUUUUGGGUCAUUCUCACCGGUUGGGCACGAGGCAUAUUGGCCAUCUCCAAGUUUUAUAAUGAGAAGUAAUGAAUUCUAUUGUCAUCCUAAUCGACAAAGGACAACUAGAGUACCUAAUGAGAUAGAUCGUGGUCCUGCAGUAUAUGGGAGAGCUUACGGGUUGUGUAGACAGACCUGA